UAGGACAGUGAAACCCGCUGGGUAGCACUGAGGUCAAAGCCUGGCUGCGAUAUGGCAUCUACAAGCAAGCGACCGGCGAACUUGAACACUCUCACCCCACAUCCGAAACCCGUGAUCAGCGUCGAGGAAUGGGAGGCCUCAGCACCUAUUGGGGAUGUUGAGGUCAAGAGCGUAAACUGUGUCCAAGCAGCGAGCGAGCGCGCUGUUCUGCCACCUAAGUUCAGCGCGGAAGACCCAGGCUCGUCCUCCCGCCCAUCCACGCCGACCGUCCGUGGUAAACUCGGUCAGGGCUCUCGACCCUCGACGCCCAACCUCUCCUCUGCACACCGCCAUACUGCAUCGCACGCGCUCCACCCUCGGCAACCUAUCCAGACGCCUCAGCAGUUCUAUGACUGGUUCUCGCUCAUCGACCGCUCGGUGACACACAGCCAGGAAGCGCACAUACGCGCGCACCUGGAGAGCGUGUCGGAUCAUUUGGAAACAUGCGACCGGUUGAUACAAAGGAUAGAUGAGAUUGACGGGGAAGUGGCGGACAUGCUGCAAGGAUGGCGGUCAGUAGAGGACAGUGGCAAGAGCUUGAAAGACGCUUGCGAGCUGCUUCUCCAGGAGCGGGAUCGACUGCUGGAUCUGACAGUCUCCAUCGACGAGAGACUAGAAUACUUCCAAGAACUUGAACAGGCUACACGCAUGCUCAACCAUCCUGGGGAGUCUCUUGUCUUGCAGACCGACUUCCUCUACAUGGUCGAGCGCGUCGACAUAUGUAUUGAUUAUUUGAAGUCCCAUCGACACUUCAAAGAAGCAGAAAUAUACCUACUUCGCUUCCAACAAUGCAUGACGCGCGCUAUGACUUUGAUCAAGAUGUACUUCGUGGGCUCGUUGCGUGCGCUAACCACGGACGUUUCCAAACGACUAGCAGAGAAAGAUGUCUCGACAACGGCGCAGAUGCACUUGCUCUACACUCGGUUCCACACCGUAUCCGGGCCCCUAGCGCCGCUCCUGGCGGAGUUGGAGCGGCGCGCACAAGCUCAUCCCGACGAGUUGUCUGCGUUGUUAGCCGAGUGUCACGUUGCAUAUUUCUCUGCUCGCAGGACCCUCCUCGUUGGCCGUCUAAUGGAAGAAAUCAAGGGCCUUGAUCCCGCGCGGACGGAGCUUGUAGAGCUUACUAGAGCCGGCUGUAGUUAUCUCAAGCAGUUGUGCACCGAUGAAUUCAAUCUCUUCCGGGCAUUCUUCAACUCUGGGGAAGAGCAGCUCUACCAAUACUUGGAGAACCUCUGCGAUUAUCUCUAUGACGACUUGCGGCCACGAAUACUGCACGAGCCGCGCCUCACAGCGCUGUGCGAAGUGUGUACCGUCCUACAGGCACUCAUGGUGCUGGACGUGCCCUCGAUGCCCGACUCCUCUUCGGACGAGGAGGCCGACCUGGGCGACGAACUCACCCUAGACCUAGACCAUCCCAGACGAAAUAGGGGAUUGCGGACCUUGCACAUCAGCCACCUCCUCCAAAUGGUACUGCAGGACGCGCAGACUCGGUUGUUUUUCAAGGCCCAGUCGGUUAUUCAAUCUGAGAUCCGCUAUUACGUCCCCAGGCUUGAAGACCUGGCGUACCCGGACAAACUAGUUGCUGCGCGGAAGCCGGUGUCUGGAACGGACAUCAGGGAGAAGCAGAGUGUCAGCAGGAUCUUUCAGGUCAAGUCCUGGGACAAGCAGGAAACGUGGUACCCCACUUUGCAGAAGACGGUCUGGGUGCUCUCACAGCUCCACGAGUUCGUAAAGCCCGCGAUCUUCGACGAGCUUGCGCAGGAGGCGAUCAAGUACUGCCUGCAGACCCUCCUUAGUGCGGCGGAGACACUCAAGAGCAAAAAUCCGCCGACGUCCGUGUACGAUGGACAUCUGUUCCUACUGCGGCACCUGCUUAUCCUGAAAGAGAUGACCCAAAACCUUGAUCUCGUGCACCGUGAUGUCGAGCGCGGCAGCGCCCUCUCUGGAGUUCCUGAAUCGCUGGCUUCGGUGCUCGGCAGGACUACAUCGCUUCUCCCGAACGCCCUCCUCACUUCCCUCGGGAUGCCGCGUGACGAGGAUACGAGCGAUGUGCGCCACGGGAUCGACCAGCUGCUGAAGCAGGCCUGCGAAGACGUGAUCAAGACUGCGGCGGAUGCCGUGAGCGGCUCGACGUACAGUUGGGCAGAGCGCCUGCGCAUGGUCUACUCGCUCGACAACGAGCCGCUGCCCCAGAAGGAAGGCGACCUCCCCCGCAUGAACUACGAGCUGGAGCGCCACUGGGCGGGGGCGGACUCCGCGGUAGGCAUCAUCAACACCAUCCCGUACUCCCUUGAGCACGAUACGAACGAGGUGGUGGUGCGCUUGCGGCUGUACAUCGAGGACGAGCGGACUGUCGAGGUCCUCGUGAAGCACAUCCAGGAGCUCAUCGUGGACCAAUGGAUGUAUUGGCGGGAGACGACCUGGAACCUCUACAACGGCGAGAUCCGCGACAAGAUUCCGACGGAGGAGAUGUUCAGGGAGCAUGUGGUCAAGGGCUGCAGGGAGGACUAUGUUUAUGUGCCGGUGCAGAUACCAAACAACUAUGCGGAGGAUGUUGCUAGGCGUAACGCUGCUGCUGGUAGUAGCACAGCGUGAUGAGAGUUGCACCGUACAUUUGUAUGUCAUACCCCC